GUUGCACUUCCGCCACUGCGGGUGAGACAGGAGGACGGUAAAAGAAAGGGAAUGUGGAAUAAGGGAUAAAGAAGGACCGUUAAUCAAUGAGAAUCGCCUACACGUUGUGAUUUGUUUUAGUAUAGUUAUAGUGUAUCUCAGUAUUAGGGUUGUAUCUUUCAACCUCCCAUACAUUUAUUGAGAUAUAUUUUGAAUAUUUAACGUAAACGUUACAUCGUACUCAGCUGAGCUACCGCGCUAGCUGGGUAGGAAGCUACUAGCUGGUAAAUCUAACAACGUUACAGCGCGAGAUGGGUACAAGAUCAAGUCGUUUACCAGAAGAGGCUGUAUCGACGACUUUUGAUAAGGACGGACUUAAGCGAGAGUCAUGUCGACGUCUUCGAAGCAACAGGCCCACAAGCCUUAUGGUUGAUUUUUCUGGUAGUUUUGAGCAUGAUUCGGAAGCUAAUCGUAGCCGCUCGGAGGAAGGAAGCGACUCGGACACAGGGCAGCAGGCAAGUGCUGAAGGAAGCCCUGCUGACCAUCACAUCUCCCCGUCACUUGGCAGUCAGGACACACCAUCAGAUGAUGCCGUGGUUAACCACGAAGGCGACACCAGCCCCGGAGACGCAAUUAACAACGAAGCUGUGGCUGAAGAGGAAACAGGCCGCGUUCCUCACCGCACUUUCUCCGAACGUUUGCCGGGUGGUCGACACAAUUCUGGGCGCAACGUCACUGCUAGAUCCGCACGAGUGAGAGGUGCCCAUUCACGUCCAGUGUCGGAGGCAUGGAUUGGGCUUUACAGAGUGAACAAUCGACAUGGCACAAUCCGCUGCCCAUUUUGCUCCAAGCCGUUCCCUGGAGGCAGGAUUGAGGAACACCUGUUGAGCUGUCUCACCUCUCCCCCUCUUCCAUACAAUACUGACGUCCUGGCGAAGGACAGUGGUGAGUGUUCCAUAUGCCUGGAGGAUCUGCUUCAGGGAGAGACCAUCGCACGUCUGGCCUGCCUGUGUGUCUAUCACAAAAGCUGCAUUGACUCCUGGUGCAAGGUGAAACCCUGUUGCCCAGAACACCCCUUUGACUGACAUGUUUAUUCCCUGCAAUUGCUGUCUCAGGACCCCACUUCUGGCCAGAAAAAGGUAAAAAAUGAUCGGGCAGCAAGAAAAAAAAUGGACUUCAUUGUAUUAGCUGACACUGAACAUUUCUGCUCCCGUGAAACCUGAAUCAACUCCCUUCUGGCUUGGCUGUAAAAUCCUGGACUUUUUUUCUCCCCUCCUGAGGUGCUUGCUGGGAAUGAGGGCUGUGGAGUAGGGGAGGGUAGUGGGACAUCUUCUCUGCUUGCCUUUACUUGGACCUGUCCUCUCUAAAGCUUGCAAUGUGACCGUAAAAACAAAAAAGAAAGGUAACUGAUAAGGAAACAGUGGGUGUGUGCUUACAAGUAGAUCACCUCUGGCAAUCUGACUGCUAAGGUAUCUCACCUGGCAAGAGCGCGAGAGAUGGGAGAGGGUGGUUUGGGGCCUGGCUAAAGUUUUAUUCUACAUGGAAUGCCUCAUGAGAUGCAUCACACGAACGAACUCGGCUGAUGUAACGUUAUCCAGAGGACUAUUUCCUUAUUUGGGUGUCAAACCAACAUGGACCCCAGAGUUGAGAAUUGUAUGCGUAAUUGUUUUGCACAGUGUUGUUCUUAAGGCAUGAUGCUGAGACUGCCGCUACUGGGAAUUUUUUUUUUUUUUUUUUUUUUUUUUUUUCAAAAUGGUUGCUGGACAGAUGGGGAGGGAGGGGACAAAUGUUUUAGUGGGGGAUGGUUGUGGGGUUUUGUGUGUGUGUGUAAUUUCUUUUAGCGACACAACACAUUUCAUAAGUGGUGUGUCAUUUCACAUGGUUUGACUUGGGGAAAAUGGCUUGCACACAGCAUUUUUUUGAACAUAGAGAUUGAGAAUGUUCUUUGGUUGUGUUUCACGACAUGGAUCCCAGUACUCCUUAAGUCAAGCAGCAUCAACACUUUUGGUUGCUACCGUCAUGGAUGUGCCCUGGGGAAAAAAUUCUCAGGAUGUCCAUCUAACCCCACAGAGGCUAAGAGGUUGAGGUGGGCAUGGGUGCGGGCCACAGGGACGAGUGGGGCACACCAGUGUCCUAAUGAGCUGUGGCCUGCCUCCUUGUUGGGUAGUCUGGAGAUGAAAAAUGCCCUCGUGGAGUUCAUGACCCCUGACUAAUCUAGCACCAGGGACUCCUGCCUGCUCUUGUCUGGUCCGUGUUCUGCUUUUGGAGAGUAGUAGGGGAGGCAUUUGCUGGCCCUCCCCUCCCUUGCCCCUGAGCCUCUGUUUCAUGUCUGUGGAAAACCGUGUUCCCUUAGCGGUCAUCCCUUAACCAGUUCGGUUCAGCAGUGGCGAGUUGUCACAAUGUUUUCACACGUUUUGUAAGUCAUAGCUGCUCUGCUCUGAGGGGGGACAUCAGGAACAGUUGGGGGCGGGAGGGGGUGACUGUAGUGGCUUUAUUCCCUCACCCUUGCAGUUCCCAAGUGGCCCUGGUAUCUACUUCAAAAUGCACCACCCCCCACCCAUGAACUCCAUAAGAGACACAGAAUGGAGGAGUCGCAGCAUUGAAAACAAAUGUUUUCUAAGUAUUAUUAUUAUUAUUAUUAUCAUUAUUAUCAUUGUUGUUGAUAUUCUUAUUAUUCCCAUUCGGGUUGAGCUUAGUGGUGGUGGUUGUUUUCAUCCUUCCAUUGCUUGCCUCUGGCCAUGCGUGCUGCAGUGAAGCGUGCUCUGUUCAGGCUGCGCUCAGAGGUGCUAGCCCACAGAGGGUCCCCUGUGCAUGUUCCUCUUCUACUGGAGAACUCGAGGAAAGCCAAAAGUGUGUGUGUGUGUGUGAGCGAGAGAGGAAGGACGGAGAGAGUGAUCGUAUGAAAUUCAUAUUUUGCUGUCAAAGGCUUUUAUUGCUUGAGGAUGUUGUAGAAAAAAAUGUGGAAAAUCUUAUGAUUCAAAAUGUUUCCCUUGAUGUUUUCAUUUAACUGAUGUGGUGCAAUACCUCACUAUUUUAAAUUUACUAACCUGGGGAUCGCUAACUCCAAGAAUGAUUUAUUUUUGUGGAUUUUUUAAGUAAGAGUGAAAUGCAUUGUUGAUUAACGUUCCUGAGGACUUUGUCCUCUGUGAUCUGUAAGGUGUCUGAUGACCAUGAUACUAACGAAUGGGUGUUGUAAAAAUCACAUUGGCGAUAUUUAAGAAUUGACAAUCUGCCUUCUCUCAGUUAAAGAACAAUUGAGUAUUUAUUUAUUAAAUUGUAAAUAUGUAUGGCAAUUCAAAAUACCUUUUGUCUCUUGUUUGUUCAUUUUACUGUUUUUUAUGCCCAAAUAUUUUGUAUGUCUGAAAGAGUGUUUUAUAUGUAUUUUUUACAAUAAAUAUGCUUAAUGUGUGAACUGUUAA